ACAAAAUUUUCAGCCAAUUUUUUGCACAUUUUUUGUUAUCAAAAAUUAUUGUUAUCAUAUAUCAUUCAUAAAUAAACACGUAGACAAAAAUUAAUUUCUUGAGUUAUAUAAUUAAUUAAUUGAUAGAAGUUCACUAUUGUAUUGAAAGAUGGACGAAUCAGCAAAAAAAACUUUGAGUUCGAUACCACUGUUGAAAACAAAAGCCGGUCCUCGGGAUAAAGAUCUAUGGCCUCAGCGAUUGAAAGAAGAAUAUCAAGCUCUAAUACAGUACGUUCAAAACAACAAAGCAGCUGAUAAUGACUGGUUCAGGUUAGAAUCGAACAGUGAUGGAACCAGAUGGUUUGGUAAAUGCUGGUAUUACCAUAAUCAAAUGAAAUAUGAAUUCGACGUCGAGUUCGAUAUUCCAAUUACGUUUCCUGCUACAGCUCCAGAGAUCGCGAUACCGGAACUAGAUGGUAAAACUGCUAAAAUGUAUAGAGGUGGUAAAAUUUGUUUAUCCGAUCAUUUCAAACCGUUAUGGGCUAAAAACGUACCUAAAUUUGGAAUCGCUCAUGCAAUGGCUUUAGGACUUGGUCCAUGGUUAGCUGUCGAGAUCCCGGAUUUAAUCAGUAAAGAACUAAUUAAAUAUAAAGAAAGCGAAUAAUCAUGACUCAAAUAUAUUGAAAAAUUACCAGACUGAUGAAAAGAUGAAGUUGAAUAUUUCCCAUCACUGUUGCUAGUUCAAAUCUCAUUAACGAAAAUGUUUAUCGUCGUUCCCGUGUAAGACGAAGUGGUAAACUGUACCUUAGCGAUGUUGAAAUUUUAUAAUUUUUCUAUUUUUCGCUUUUUAAAGCGUAAUUGUUUUGUUAAUAAAAUUAUUAAUUUUA